AAACACCCCAAAACAGACGAUAAGACCAACAACGGCUUAAGACAAACAACGGCAAGGCUCGACAUCUCGGACAGGUUACACCCGAGUUAUGGAACAAUAAAAGAAAAUACAUCAUAAAGGAAAGGCGCUAAGCAGGAGUAAUUCUGCCAACUCUUCUCCCAUCGCCCUCCGUGGCAUCUCCGUGUAUUCGAAGAAGGCGAAUCGUGAACCGCGAAUACGCGGGGGGAUUCCUGUAAUGGCGUCUUCCCAAUCCCACGCGUGACCUCGAUCGGGUCUCGUGACUAUUUCAUUUUCUGCAAGUCAUUGCUCUGCGUGACAAUAUGCAAUAGUUACGUUGUCGGUACUUUAUAGAACGCACCCGAAAUGGCUGAUGGCUUCCCGCAAACUCACAGGAGAAAGCGAGCCUUUCGCCGCGCCAAGUGGAAAUGAGGCGGCCGCGAAAUGCACUCGUCGCACAAUGGCCGAGAUGGACGCUGUGAAAGGCUUUUUGGUUUGCGCUGGCACACGCUUGCUGGAGUCGGGCGCGCGCGCACGCAAAGCGGGGGGCGGGGAAAGCAGAUUCGUGCAAUGACAUCAUCACUUUUCUUCGAGGCAAACACUGAGGAGGAGGACAGCGCGAAGAAAUGAGCCCAGCACGCUCUCCGUUUCGGGCCGACCGGCGUCGACGAGGACCUCCGGGAAGAUGAGCUCGCUUCCGUCGCCGGGAGAGCGAGCCGCCUGACGGCUGUGUGAAUCCUCCUCACGGCUCAAAGGGAGAGCGGAAGCCACAGAUGAGAAGGAUGUCGGACGAGGCGGAGCGGAGAGCGCGCGGCGAGGACUUUUGCGAGGACGACGGCGGCGGCGGCGGCGGGGAGGACGACGGCGGCCAGCUGGCGGACCGGCUGAAGGAGCUGGAGGCGGAGAAUUCUGCACUGAUGCUGGCCAAUGAGAGUCAGAGAGAAGCGUACGAGAGAUGCCUGGAUGAGGUGGCCAACCACGUGGUCCAAGCUCUGCUCAACCAGAAGGACCUGAGGGAAGAAUGCAUCAAGUUGAAGAUGCUGGUGUUCGACCUGGAGAAACAGAACCGAGCGCUUUGUGAGCUUUUUCAGCAGAAGCUGCCCGAUCAUCCCACGGCGCACUACCAGGUCCAGGCGGGACCCCUCCCAGUCUGCAAUGCGGAACUGCACGGUGACCGUGCCAAGCAUUUGGAGGCUGCUCAGACCGAAGCGCAAGCCGAGGUCUUUCGUGAUGCUGAUGGAAUUCCCUUUCUGUCCUGUCCAAAGGGGAACGGUUACCGCACUCAGCACGCCUCUCCGGGCCCUCGGGGCCCUCGGGGCCCCGCCGCCUCCAUGGAGGCUCUUUCUCCCUUCUUUAAGAAGAAAGCACACAUCCUGGAAGUCCUGCGCAAGAUGGAGGAGACGGACCCUCUCAAGUUCCACCCGGCCACGGCGAGCUUGUCUUUCUGCGACUACAGCCAGGUGCUCGUGUCCACAGAGGCCGUUUUGGCCUCGGCGGACCAGCUGCAGCGCAAAUCCCAGCACACGCGCUGCCAUUGCUCCCGCGCAGAUGCCGACACGCUCCGACACGUCAACGGGGACGAGGCGCUGAUGUGUGAGGGGGGGGACACCUGCUGUCUACACUGCAAGAGGAACCCAGACGGGCCUCUGAAGCCAUCCGCCACCCAGAGCUGCGCUGCGCCCGCAGCCGCCGAAUGUCACGCGAACAGCCGAACGACGGAAUGCGUACCGCUACCCAAACAGUGCGCCGAGAACGACUCUCACCCGAAACCGGCAAACGGUGUUGCCGAGCUGAGCCCGGAGGAAACGGAGGACAGCGGAGAACUCACCGGCUUCUGUCCAGCCCCUCAGCUACCCGGUUCAGAAGGCGUCCAGAUCUCCCGCUGUGACCCCGAGGCCGGCCCUUCCCUCGACGCCACGUCCGACGACGAGAAGGACGGCGCGGAUCCGGAGGCCCGCGCUGUGCGAGCCGGCGCUUCCGUGAGCCCGAUCCCCUCCUGUUUCAGUGACGUCAAAGCCGCCGCCGUCAACUCGCCGUCCAAACUUCUCAAGUUCCUGAAGAUCCCCUCCAUAGGGGACAGGUGUCAGGCCUCGAGUCCCGCCGUCCGCUUAAGCCCCCAACUCACCCGUAGCUCCAGGAUCCCUUGUCGCACCAACAACUACGAGGUGUACCACUCUCCCGUUCCCACCCGUCGAGCCACCACCACAGAGCGGUGCAGGCAGCCGCCGCCGCCGCCCACCAGGUCUGAGUCUUACCCCGCAACCCACUCCGCCCCGACCCCCCGCCCCCAACCUGAAGACACCUGCCUCCCCCCUGCUAAAGACGCGAGUUUCAGCAGCUUAUCUGCAUCCAAAACUAAGAUGGUUGCUCCCUCCCCCUCCCCCAAAGUAGCUCAGAGUAUACCGCAUUAUGAAAACAUAUGUGACUUGUCCAGUAACCCACAAGCGGAGGAGCCCCCUCACGCUCUCGAGAAAAGAACCACUCUUCCAUCUCAAACGAAAACCAACGGUGCCGAAAGGAAACAGGUCAAAUCGCUUCCCGAAAGUGUCCUCGGUGCCUCUCCCCAGCGAAAGCGGUCAUCGUCCUCUACGUCUGAGUCCGCAUCAGAGGAUGAAGCGGAUUCCGACAGUCCCGUGUGGGGGAGCCAUCGCAGCCUGCCCAACUCAUCGGCGCUCGCCGACGCUCAGUGUAGCGCCGACUUCUCGCAAAUCCCAGAGGACGUCAUUGCACAGAGCUGCGAGGCUACCCGGCCACCGCCGCCUCCAGCCAGAAGAAACGACUCGUCUUCCAUCCCUAAGAGGCCCGCGCCGAGGUCUCAAGCUGAUUCCGGUCACCACCCGUUCAAAGACAGGCUGGCUGCGCUGGGCAAGCUGAGGGGCUCGGAGGAUUUGCCGGCGGGCGUAAGGUCGCUAGGCGCGGCGAGCGAGGCAGCCGAGGACGGUGAGACGGAGCAAAGACAUUCAAAGUGCACAGACUCUUUGGAUGGGAAAGCCUGGGGUAGCAGCGGGGGGCUGAAGUACCCAGGCUCCUCUCAGCUUUAUGAACAAGGAGGAAAAUCCACAAAUUCAAGUCUGGUCAAACAGGAGCUCUGUGUGAGCUCCAAGAGCAAGAUCGGGCUACCGUCACCGAAUGCCGACGCUACGCAGGUACUGCGUAACAACGUCAAGUGUCCCGGCUCGCUCAAUCUGUCCUACAGUGUGAAACCCGGUACUCAAAGUAGCAACAGUCCCAACAAAGUCCCCCCAAAGUCUCCGUCCAAACCUUGCCAGAGUCCCUCCGUCCACAGGGGAGGCAAACCCACAGACACCCCGCGGUACUCCUCCAAGUCAGAGGAGAGAGCCAAAAUCAGCGGCAAAGGCAAAAAGAAUCCGAUGUACGGAGACAGCCUCCCGCCGCCUCCUCCCAGGCCUCCGGCAUCCGAAGGGGAACGAGCGCCAGCGCCCGUGCCCAGCCCGCCGUCGGCCAUAGAGCAGAAAGUGAUGAAGGGCAUCCGGGAGAACGUGCUCAAACUCCAAGAGCAGGACCGAGGGGUGCAGACCAGCGAGGCCAAGCAGAAGCCGUCCAACGGGAUCGCCAGCUGGUUCGGACGCAAGAAGAGCAAGCUGCCCGCCCUGAGCCGCAAGGCGGACGCCGCCAAAGCCAAAGAGGAGAAACGGGAAUGGAAGAUUAACAUCCCGUCGGUGGGCAAGGACUCGGUCAAGAUGACCGGCAGGUGUCGAGAAGGGGUGGAAGGUCUGAACAUCUCCACGCUGAUGGAGAAGGCGGAGGGACUGCGGAGGGCGCUGGAGGAAGAGAGGGCGUACGUGGAGAGGUCGGGCAGGGGUCACUCGUGCGAGGUGGUGAUGGACCAGGCUCAGGGACAGCUGGCCGUCAUGUAUCGGGGCGGGCGCUCCGACAACUUCAUGCAACAGCUGCUGAACAGAGUGGAUGGCAAGGAAGCCUCGGGCGUGCCGCAGCGGAGGCUCUCGUUCGACUGCAAGACUUCCAGGCCUGCGUUCGCUCAGCAAAGCGACAUGGUCAUCGGUCACACCGGCGGCAGGGACGGCGCGGAAAAGGCGUCGCGUCGACCGGGCAAGAUCACGUCGGACGAGGACCUCGUGGAUUCAGUUCACUCGCAACACUUUGCAGGUUCCGUCGCUUCCACGUACACGCUGGACAGCGGAAUCGGCACGUUCCCGCUACCCGACUGCGGCGACUGCGACGGCGGGGCGCCGGCUCGGGGCCUGUCCAAGACCGCGGCCGAGCGGCGCCCCUCGGGCUCGCCGGGGAGGCCCGGGCGACGGGCCCGCACCUUGGACCGGGAGCCCACGCCGCAGGAGGAGCGCUACGCGGCGGCGGCGGCGCCCAAGCGGGCUCUUCCCGACGCGGCGCAGCACGGCUCCAAGGAGGCGAGGGCGGCCGGCGUCGCCGGGGAAGACAAAGAGGCCCGCGGACCGCACGUGUUCUCGCCUCGCUCCAAGACGUGGACCUUCGCCAACCUCAAGACUCCGGCGGGACCCGCAGACGUGUACCUGGCCGUGGAGGAGGAAGAGGAGGAGGUGGUGUCCUUCGGCACGCCCUUCAGAGCGAACCUGAAAGCCAGCGGCCCGUCUUCCAGCCACGCGGCGGAGCCCGGCGGCUCGCCCGGCCCGGCCCAGUCGGGAAUGAGCCGCCGGGGGAAGUACCGCGCCCCCGGCGUUCCGGAGAUGAGCCGGGAGGCCGGGCUGGAGCUGCUCAGGGAGCGGCCGGAGGAAGCGCCGUCGCCCGGCCGGCCGCGGGUUCCCGAGACGCCCGAGUCCCUGAGCGACUCGCUCUACGACAGCCUGUCGUCGUGCGGCAGCCAAGGAUGAUCGGCGCGCCGGAGAAUCCGGAUUACCAAAUCGCGAGCGGGCGAGGACGACGAGACUUCUCCUCAGGAUCUCCGGUCCGGAGCG